AGUUUUCCAGUUCUUCGAGAGGUAAUGGCGGCUAGCUUCCUGUGUUGUAGCGUUGUUGUCCUGUUUUCAGCAGUGUAACGUCAGUUUUUGGGUCGUUUGAAAGGUGGUCGCCAUGGGAAAAGCUGAUUUUCUGUCCCCCAAGGCGAUUAGCAACCGAAUCAAGUCCAAAGGUCUCCAGAAGCUGAGAUGGUACUGCCAGAUGUGUCAGAAACAGUGUCGAGACGAGAAUGGCUUCAAGUGUCACUGCAUGUCCGAGUCCCACCAGAGGCAGCUGCUGCUGGCCUCGGAGAACCCCACCAAGUUCAUGGACUACUUCUCAGAUGAGUUCAAAAGUGACUUCCUGGAGCUGCUCAGAAGACGCUUCGGAACCAAGAGAGUCCACAACAACAUUGUCUACAACGAGUACAUCAGCCACAGAGAACACGUCCACAUGAACUCCACCCAGUGGGAAACCCUCACCGACUUCACCAAGUGGCUCGGCAGGAAAGGUUUGUGUAAAGUAGACGAGACUCCUAAGGGUUGGUACAUCCAGUACGUGGACCGCGACCCGGAAACCAUCCGGCGCCAGGAGGAGCAGGCCAGGAAGAAGAAGCAGGAACUGGACGACGAGGAGAGGAGCGCCAAGUUCAUCCAGGAGCAGGUCCGAAGAGGGAUGGAUGGGAAGGAAGUCGAGGCCCAGCCCGUUUACACAGAACUCAAACGUGAGAGUGAAGAAGAGAAAGUUGCUUUCAACCUGAGCGCUCCGGUGGCAAGCUCGUCCAGGUCCAGCUCGGUUCUGGGUGCCAGUUCGGUUCUGGGCGCUCUGAAAGCUCCAGCAACCUCAGCCUCGGUCAAACGGAAAGAAGCGCCGUCUGGUUCUGAUUCCAGAGGGGAGAAGAAGAAGAAAUCGGCUCUGGAGGAGAUCAUGGAGAUAGAGGAGAAGAAGAAGAAGAAACAGUCCUCGGCGGUCAGGACGGAUUACUGGCUGCAGCCCAACAUCGUCAUCAAGAUCGUCACCAAGAAGCUGGGAGAGAAGUACCACAAGAAGAAGGCCGUCGUCAUGGAGGUGAAGGAGAAAUACGGCGCCGUGGUGAAGCUGAUCGACUCCGGGGACAAACUGAAGCUGGACCAGAACCACCUGGAGACGGUCAUCCCCGCUCCAGGGAAACGGGUUCUGAUCCUGAACGGGCCGUACCGGGACACCGAGGCGCUGCUGGAGGGGAUCGACGAGAAGAAGUUCAGCGCCACGCUAACCCUGGACUCUGGGCCACAGAGAGGGGACAUGGUGGACAUCGCCUAUGAAGACUUUUCCAAACUGGCCUGAACCGGAACGCUCGUCAUGCUGCGGGACUCUACCGUGUCAGAGUUUAUUCCCAGAUCUGUACAGAAACAAUCAGGAACAAAUGUUUGGUGGAAUUAUUUUUAUUUUUUAACAUUAAUGGUUGAAAAUGUGCAUUUUGUUCUAAUAAAGUCGGUAAGUUUC